GUAGAGUGUCUUUCCAAGCAUCGGCCAUAUGUGAUCCACGGGAAAAUGUAGGCAUAUGGGGUGCAGGAUAUCAUCAAGUCUGGUUUUCUGGUAAAGAACCCGCUAAGAGGUGUACACUGAACACUGAAGAAGUUCAGGAAGAAUCUUUCCGAGCAUCGACGUAUGUGAUUCAACAGAAAAUGUCAACACCAACUCAACGAAAAAAAGUUAAAGACUCACCCGUGUCCUUUACAGAUACCUCAUAUAAUAAUCAAAAAGAAUCCCGUAAAUCUUUCACUUUAAUUAAAACAAUUUUACAGGGAGUUGUAAUUUUUGUAAUCGCAUUUUUCUUGACUAGUUAUUUGGUUACCGAGACUUGGACUUGGGGAUAUAAAAAUAAAUACACAAAUUGGAGGAAUUGGAUUCCGCGAAGAGAAAUUGUAUUUACUGAAGAAGAGUUGGCUAAAUAUGAUGGAUCAGAUCCAAAUUUACCGAUUUAUAUUGCCAUGAACGGAGAAGUAUUUGACGUAACUAGCGGAAAAAAUUAUUACGGAAAGGGUGGUGGUUAUUCCUUCUUUGCUGGAAAAGAUGCCUCUCGUGCAUAUGUCACAGGAUGCUUUCAAACUCAUCUGACCCAUGACCUGCGUGGUUUAACGCCCGAACAAAUCAAGGAUAUUGAAAAUUGGGCUUCUUUUUAUCGUGAUCACCAUACAUAUUAUAAAGUUGGAACUGUUGUGCAUCCACCUAUAGAUCCAAAUUCUCCUAUUCCACCUCCGUGUGAUAGCGCUUCAGAUCCGAAGUCGUAA